AUGACUUCUCAAGACAAGAUUAUAGUUCUUAUAACAGGUGGUAACCAGGGUGUGGGUUACGAAACGGCAAAGAAUUUGGUUCUUUCAUCCCGAGAUUAUCACGUUAUUCUAGGGAGCCGAGACGCUUCGAAAGGAGAGGUUGCCGCACAGGAGAUCCAGGCCACCGAGGGGGUUAAGGGCACAACGUCUUCGACUCAAAUUGACGUAACGGACGAUCAAUCAGUCGACGCCGCAGCUGAACGUGUCGCUGCCGAGUAUGGGAGACUUGAUGUACUCGUUAACAAUGCUGGGAUCGUGUCAAUGGUCAGUCCUCCCACACGCGAGGUCUUCCGACAUGUCCUAGAAACAAACGUCGUUGGUGCCCUGAGCGUAACAGAAGCCUUCCUGGAUCUACUUCGUAAGGCCAUUCACAAAUCGCCUCGUCUCAUCUUUGUUAGUUCGAGUACGGGCUCCAUCACACAUGCCUCGGACCCCACCUCGCCUUAUUACAAUCCAGGGGCAGUAGAGUAUCGCACGAGCAAAGCAGCCUUGAAUAUGCUGAUGGUUAUGUACUAUGCUCGACUGAAGCCAGAGGGCUUCCUAGUGUUUGGAGCAGAUCCGGGACUGUGCGCUACUAACUUCACUGGCAAUCCCGCUUCACUUCGAGAAAGGAAUGCCGCCGAACCUUGGCAAGGGGGCGAACGAGUUGCUACCGUUGUCAAAGGAGAGAAGGACAGUUACGUCGGGAAAGUAUUGGGUGUAUAUGGUGUCUCUCCAUUUUAA